GCAGGUGUGUGCAGGAGGAAGGAACAUGGCGGCCAGUGGAGCAACGAGUAGCACCGGUAAACCCCCUGCUGCUCUCGACGCCUUCCUAGCUGAAGUUAAGGCAAUACAGAAGAGAGAUUCAGUAUUAACCCCUUCACAGCAGAUUGACAGACUCCUCAGACAAGGCUCAAUGUACUUCAACCUCAAUCCUUUUGAAGUACUACUUAUCGAUCCUGAUACCCCUCCUGAACAAGUCAGAAAGGCUUAUAGAAAGCUUUCAAUAUUGGUUCAUCCUGAUAAAAAUGAGUCAGACAAGGACAGAGCUCAGCUGGCAUUUGAAGCUGUGCAUAAAGCCUACAAGAUGUUAGAUGAUGAGGAUCAGCGAGCAUAUGUCUUAGAAAUGGUUGAAGAUGCAAAAGCAAAAUUAGACAUGGAGAUGGAGGAAAAAAGAAAAGUGGUUCAGAGACAGGGUAAAGAUUCUAUAGAGGAAGAUGAUCCAGAGAAGUAUAGGCAGGCUCUUCGCAACACUCUGACAAAGUUAUUUGCAGAUGUUGAAAUGAAAAAGAAGAAAUUGGAAGAGAGAGAUCAAUCUGAACGGUAGUGUUUAUGUAUGUAUGUAUAGGUCUUGUGAAUUUGCAUGAACACUCCGCACCUCCCAGAAAGAGGCAAAAGGAGCAAGAAGGUGCAGAGCAAGAUAAAGUCAAGAGACAAAAAGAAUGGAAACAAGAUUGGGAUGCAAAAAGGAAUGACCGAGUGGACAGUUGGAGGACCUUUCAACAGAAAGGGAAAAAGAGGAAAAUGUCUGGUGGUCUGAAGCCACCAAAACUUAAACAAGAAAAACGCUUAUAGCUGAUUGUGUCUCUACAUCCCUUUCUCUUGUUCGUAACUUGCUAGCUUGUACCAAACACCAUUUCGUUCAUUACAUAACUGACUAAUUUUGUGUCAUGCAGUAGUCCAACAAGACUGGAAAGAAAAUUAAUGGUGAUAUAUGG